CCCAACCGGAUUAGUACUCGCCUGACCACUAUCACGCGGGCACCCACUCGCUUUCCCGGGCACCGAGUGCCUAUCCGGGCCAGCCCGCGCUCCACCACAGCACGGAACACUGCGGUCCCCCCGACGGUCCUGUCCACCACCGUCCCUUUCUUCAGUAGCAGCACGCCGGGCUCCAGACCCCCAGUGCCAGGAACCCCCAGUACCCAGGCGAUGCCCUCCUGGCCCACUGCGGCAUAUGCUACCUCCUCCUACCUUCAUGAUUCUACUCCCUCCUGGACCCUGUCUCCCUUUCAGGAUGCUGCCGCCUCUUCUUCCUCCUCUUCCUCUUCCUCCUCCUUCUCCACCACCACUACACCAGAAACUAUCACCAGCCCCAAAUUUCAUACAACGACAUAUUCCACUGAGAGAUCCGAGCACUUCAAACCCUGCCGAGACAAGGACCUUGCAUACUGUCUCAAUGAUGGCGAGUGCUUUGUGAUUGAAACCCUGACAGGAUCUCAUAAACAUUGUCGGUGCAAAGAAGGCUACCAAGGAGUCCGUUGUGAUCAAUUUCUGCCGAAAACUGACUCCAUCUUAUCGGAUCCAACAGACCACUUGGGGAUUGAAUUCAUGGAGAGUGAAGAAGUUUAUCAAAGGCAGGUGCUGUCAAUUUCAUGUAUCAUCUUUGGAAUUGUCAUCGUGGGCAUGUUCUGUGCAGCAUUCUACUUCAAAAGCAAACUCUCAUGUUGCCAACCCUCUUCUCAUAAUGUACCUCCAUAUGCAUAUGAUUUCCUGCAGUAUUCAAAGGCGGAAAGGCAUCCUGUGACUGCGCUGGAGAAAAUGAUGGAGUCAAGUUUUGGCGGCCCCCAGUCAUUCCCUGAGGUUCCUUCUCCCGACAGAGGAAGCCAGUCUGUUAAACACCACAGGAGUCUCUCCUCUUGCUGUAGUCCAGGGCAAAGGAGUGGGAUGCUUCAUAGGAAUGCCUUCAGGAGGACACCCCCCUCACCCAGAAGUAGGCUGGGUGGAAUCGUGGGACCAGCAUAUCAGCAACUCGAAGAAUCAAGGAUCCCAGACCAGGAUACAAUACCUUGCCAAGGGAUAGAGGUCAGGAAGACUAUACCCCACCUGCCUAUACAGCUGUGGUGUGUUGAAAGACCCCUGGACUUAAAGUAUUCAUCCAAUGGUUUAAAAACCCAACAAAAUGCAUCAAUAAAUAUGCAACUGCCUUCAAGAGAAACCAACCCCUAUUUUAAUAGCUUGGAUCAAAAGGACCUGGUGGGAUAUUCAUCCACAAGGGCCAGUUCUGUGCCCAUCAUCCCUUCAGUGGGUCUAGAAGAAACCUGCAUGCAAAUGCCAGGGAUUUCUGAAGUCAAAAGCAUCAAAUGGUGCAAAAACUCUUAUUCUGCUGACAUCGUCAACGUGAGUAUUCCAGUCAGCGAUUGUCUUUUAGCAGAACAACAAGAAGUGAAAAUAUUGCUAGAGACUGUCCAGGAACAAAUCCGAAUUCUGACUGAUGCCAGACGGUCAGAAGACUACGAACUGGCCAGCGUAGAGACCGAGGAUAGUGCGAGCGAAAACACAGCCUUUCUCCCCCUGAGUCCCACGGCCAAAUCAGAACGCGAGGCACAAUUUGUCUUAAGAAAUGAAACACAAAGAGACUCCACAUUGACCAAGUGACUCGAGAUGUAACAAUCUGUGCAUUCUAUGCUUUGCUCAACAGGAAAGAGAGGAAAUUAAAUACAAAUUAUUUAUAUGCAUUAAUUUAAGAGCAUCUACUUAGAAGAAACCAAAUAGUCUAUCGCCCUCAUAUCAUAGUAUUUUUUAACAAAAUAUUUUUUUAAAGGGAAAGAAAUGUUUCAGGAGGGAUAAAGCUUACCACUAAAGCUUUUGGGUAGAAUUCUGAAUCCAAUUUCAGUUAGUCCUAACAAUGUUCUCUUUGGCUUUUAGGAAAAUGUGGGCGAUUCAGACCCUCAGUCCACAGUGCCAGUGUCCUCAAGAAAAAAACAAAAAACACUGGUAGUUAACCUGGUUUCAAAGAGACAAGCUGUAUCCUGAGGGUGGAUGUGCCCAUGAGCAGGUGGCCCUUGCCUUUUGGCUUGCCAGUUCCAACCCCUAAAUUUCCAUUCACUGAACACCCUCAUCACAGGUUUUGUCACAUCAAGCCACAUAGUGUUUUGUAUUUGAUUUGCUGAAGAAUGGCACAAUGACUGAAAUGGAAAGGAAGACAGGUGAUGGAGGGAGUAAUUGGGGCAAUCUUAGCUACUCUCAUGUGCCAUCCUCCUCUGAAAUUUGAAAACACUCAGAGGGAGGUAUGGAAAUUAUUAGAGACAAAAAAAGAAAGUCACAAUGUCGUGUCACUGAAAUCAUGCUAAUAGAAAUGUUUUUCUUGGAGAUUGUUUAGAAGCUCUGAAAGAGCAUUUCUGUGUGUGUGCGCGCCUGUGUGCACGUGUGUGAGCGAGCGUGUGAGGUGUGGGCUUGCUCCCUCCAGCACACAUGCUGUGUGCACAUGUUCAUCGUGCGUAUGUGUGUGCAUGUGUGUGUGUGUGUGUGUGUGUAUUAAGCUUGCUAAAAAUUUGUUCUGAAACAUCAGGGAAUCUAAUAUUCAGAAAAAAAAUUUCCCUCUUAGAUCUGUUCACUUGAAAGUUAUUAAUUAAAUAUAAAGUUCAGUUAGUGAGUUCUUAAAUCAAGAUCACUUGCAUGGUGGGGUCCUAUAACCUCUUGACAAUGUCUAGACCAUUUUCUGAUGUGAAUACUUUUGAAAGGAGCAAUUAUUGGCUUAUUGAGAAUAUCAGUAUCACAAAGUGA